AGCCCUGCCUGCGCCCGCCUCCAAAGCGGUGCUCACUGCAGUCCGCAGAGGUUCUCUAGGCCGAGGCCCGGCCCGCUAGCAAGGCCGAGCCGCUGCGUUUUAUUUCGUUCGUGAUUUUUGCAUCAGCUGAAGUUUUGUGAGUUGGGUUAAACUCGGGACCUCCGCGAAGAGGACCCUUCUUUUUUUUUUCUUUCCAAAAUGGCAGCCUCCAGCCGCGCACAAGUGUUAGAUCUGUACCGGGCGAUGCUGAGAGAGAGCAAGCAUUUCAGCGCCUACAACUACAGAACGUAUGCUGUCAGGAGGAUAAGAGAUGCCUUCAGAGAAAAUAAAAAUGUGAAGGAUCCUGUAGAAAUUCAAACCCUAGUGAAUAAAGCCAAAAGAGACCUUGGAAUAAUUCGUCGACAGGUCCACAUUGGCCAACUGUAUUCGACUCACAAGCUCAUCAUUGAGAAUCAAGAGAAGCCCAAGACCUAGGAGCCAGGGACCUGCCACCAGUGGCAGCCGGGGACCACCUUCAGCAUCCAUUCUGUGCUUGGGAGCCUCCAGCUCUGCCUGCCCUGUGGGAGCUGACAGACAGUCACGUUUUCCUUUUGUCGCAGCCUCGCUAGCAGGAUGGCCGUCUCUGCUCAGUUCAGUGUUAGCGUGGAGAGCGGGGCGCGCUCAGAACAAUGCUGUGGAUUGCCGCGCCUCUCUCCCCCGCCCCCAUCCGUGGCUCACCGCCACUGCGUGUGCGUUCCCGGACUUUGUGUCGUGCUCCUUGACAAUAAAUAGGCUUGUCUGCCUAAGCCUUUCACACCACAUCAGCCCAUCGCCACGAAAGCAUGUUCAUUUCCUGCUGCUGCAGGGUCUCCGGAGGGCUGCGGGGGACCCCCGGGGAGCAUCCAGCCCUGAGCAGAGAACGCCUGUGUGAAGGCAAGUUCGAGCACCAGUGAGAUUUGGGGGGCGGUGGGGAGGAGUGCAGGGGUACAGGGCGCACCCUGCGGGUCAUACCUGGGCCCACUGCAGCAACACAGGUGACAGGUGUGUGGACACACAGCCAGACAGCAUCACAGCAGGAGCCCCAGCGGGGAGCUUGCUGGAAGCGCAGACUCAAGCACCUCCCCAGCCCUUGCGAAGGAGAAGCCACCGUCUGACCCCGC